AGAUUGCCGAAGAUUUCCGAUUUUAACCCAAAAGCAAAAUUUUUUCGCCGCAUUUUUCACAUGAAUUUUCUUUUUUGAUUUCUCAUCAAAUAAUACACAUUUCUGUGGAGUUUCCAGUGGUUUCAGUUUGUCUACAGUUAAAAUAAUUAUUUACUUGCAAUGGCUGCUGCAGUGGCACAAUCUCCUGCUGAUUUGGAAUUGCGAAAGGCAUUUGCGGAGAUGCAAAUGAAUAAAAUUGAAUCCACAAAGAAGCUGAGGGUACUUGACAUGCAGAUUGAUUCACUGAAAAAGUCCAAACAGCGUCUCAUAAUCACAGAACACGAAGUCUCCAACCUGCCACCGGAAACAAAGGUUUACGCCUCAAUUGGGAGGAUGUUUGCACUGUCAUCAGCUCCAGAGAUGACGUCCGAAUUGAAGGCAAAGCAGACAAAGGUGGAUUCAAUGAUUAGUCAAUGCGACACGAACAAAAACUACGUCCUGAAGAAUCUCAAGGAGCAAGAGGACAACCUCCGAGAGUUGGUGCAGCAGAAGAAACGUGAUGCAGAUGCAGCCAAGUAGUUUUUUAUUGGUUCCGGAUGAAGGUGUCGAGAUUAAAAUUGGCAAAAGACGCAAAUUCA